GCUCCGGGGAACCCCCCGGUCCGGGAUGCGCUCGGCCGGAGCCUUGCGCCUGGUUCGGUUCCGGGGACCGGGGGGCCCCGAGCCCCGCCUGGGGCUGGAGCUGCCGCCCGGCGGGGACGAGAUCCUGGAUCUGAGUGCGGCGGAGCCGGAGCUGCCCCGAUCCAUGCGGGACUUCCUGAGCACCGGCGGCACCGGCAUGGCCGCGGCACGGAGGGCGCUGGAGUCGGGCGGUCCCCGGGUGCCCCGCAGUGCUGUGCAGCUCCUGGCCCCCGUGGGUGACCCCCAGAAGCUGAUCUGUGUGGGGCUCAACUACCGCGACCACUGCCUGGAGCAGGACGUGAAGGUGCCCAAGGAGCCCAUCAUCUUCAGCAAGUUCCCCAGCGCCAUCACUGGGCCCUUCGAUGCCAUCGUGCACCCCGAGGACAGCAGCGUGAGCACCACAGCCCCAGAGCUGGACUGGGAGGUGGAGCUGGCGGCUGUCGUGGGGAAGGAGGGACGGCACAUCCCGGAGGCAGCCGCCAUGGAUCACGUCGUGGGCUUCACCAUAGCCAACGAUGUGAGCGCCAGGGACUGGCAGAUGAAGAGGAACGGGCGGCAGUGGCUGCUGGGGAAAACCUUCGACACCUUCUGUCCUAUGGGGCCGGCGCUUGUCACCAAGGAGGCUGUGACCGACGUCCACAACCUGCGCAUCAGCUGCAGCGUCAACGGGCGGGUGAUGCAGGACAGCAGCACCAAGCAGCUCAUCUUCCGCCUGCCCUGGCUCAUCGCAUGGGUGUCCCGCUUCGUCACCCUGGUCCCUGGGGACAUCCUGCUCACGGGGACCCCCCCAGGGGUUGGUGUCUUUCGGAAGCCCCCCGUGUUUCUGAAGAGAGGAGAUGAGGUGAGCUGCGAGAUCCAGGAGCUGGGGCUCAUCUGCAACAAGGUGGUGUGAGGAUGGAGAUGGGACCUGGUCCGGCUGCUUCCCCCCCCCCUGCCCCAUAGAUCACCCGUGUGGGGCUCAAUAAAGCAGGAGCCGGAUGCUCCUAGGGCUGCAUGAA